GAGGACUUGCUUUAUUUACCUAACAAUUUGGGGGCUCGUCCGGGAUUCCUUCUGGUGCGGUACCUCUGUCCAGUGGUCAGACCACUCAUAUAUGAAUUGGCAAGGCGCCACAGGAGAUUUCUCCCAGCCAAUUCAAUAUUGAGGGGUCGUGUAUUGGACAGCAGGGUAAACGCCAGUUGGAGGGCUCCUGUCAGACACCAUGGGUCAAGGGACUAGCGUGCCUCUUGAGAGUCCGUUGGGGAUUGUAAAUAAGUUAUGGAACGAAGGGAAACUCCCAGUACAGACAGGAAUGUCUAGGAAGAAGUUGUACACACUAUGUGUAAGGAAUUGGACUGGGUACACCGCGGUAUUGGCCGACCCGGAGAUGAGGUGGCCUUCGUAUGGCUCUUUCGAACAGGCUGCCUUAAGAGGAGUAAAGAGCCAGAUCGAAAAAGACCAUCCGGGACAGUUAUGUUACUGGUUUUGUUGGGACACAGCAGCAGAGCUGUGGAAAUCUUUAAAAAUUAUGGCAGUCAGGUACUCUCCCGAGAGUGAACCCCCUCCAGGUUAUUUCGAUGAAGGGUGUAGACCACGGCGUGUUUUGACUCGUCAGCUGGGGAAUCUGCAGGAUCCCAGAUUGGAAUUUCUGCAGAAGGAUGAGGAGGAAAUGAAGGGGCAAACCUCGGGAGGAGUAGUUACUAGGCUAAUGUCCAAGCAGAUACAGCAGGGUGCAUGCCCCCCCCCUGAGGAUAGCCCAGAGGAUGUCCCCGUCAAAUCUCUUGCGAGUAAUAAAAGUAUAGUUAAAGAAAUGCCUUUACAGGUGCACGAUCAACCUUAUAUGGGCAAUGAUGGACGGUUACAACAUGCUAAUAUUGUGGAAUAUAAAGGAUGGCUAGAAUGGGAUUUGAAAGAGUGGGGACGGUUGUCAGGGUCUUUUGGGGAAAAUCCCCGAAAGAUCAUAGAACUUCUAGAAAGAUUGUUUUUAAGUUAUAAUCCUACUUAUACGGAUGUGGAUCAGUUGUUAAAUAGAGUUUUGACCGGAGAGGAACGUAGUAGAUUGUGGAUGGCAGAAAGGACAUGGGGAGAUAGCAAUGCAGUUAAUCUUACUUGGAUGGAUAGGCGGGAUCUGGCCGCUGGCUGGAAUCCCCUAGACUGGACUCAGCCAAGGCUGACUCAGCUGCGAACAAAUCGAGAGCGAUUGUUAGAAAGACUCAAGGAAAUGGCUCGCCGCUCGCCUAAUCAGGCUAAGUUCAUGCAGAUUCGGCAGGAAUCUGAUGAGCCGCCCAGAAAGUUCUGGUCGAGGCUAUUGGAGGGGGCCCGAAUGUUCACUCAGAUGGAUCCUGAGAGAGAAGCAGACCACCCUACUCUUAUUUCGUUUUUUGUGAAUCAGUCGGUGCCCCCUGUAAGGGAUUACUUCUUAAAGUUUCGCCCUGGUUGGGGAGGUGAGUCAGUCACUUCAGUGUUGGACGUAGCUGAUUUUGCCUGGGAAAAAGAAAGGGAAAGUAGUAAAAAGAAAGAGAAAAAGGAAAAAUAUAAGCUGAUGGCUUUAGCUUUUCACGGCGGUGUUCGAGGCAAAGGCCGUGGCCGUGGCAGGGGAUUCCAGGGUGCUCGGGGAAGAGGGUCCUGGCAACCCCAGCCAUCAGGAAAUUGUUUUCAGUGCGGACAGCCCGGUCACUUUAAACGUGAAUGCCCCUGGGGACGCCCAGAGGGUCUGGUUGCAUCCGCAGAUGCUUACACAAGUGAGAAAUACACCCCUGCACCACCAGCUCAGCCCAUUCCCCAGGCCUGGAUCAACUACGGGAAACAGCAGCAGCCGCAGCAAACUCAGCCUCCUCAAUGACGGUACCCCGGGGGCGAAGGCAAACAAUGUAAUGGUCUUAUUUCCUUAAUGUCUUUAGCCGCUCCUUUCUCACUUUCUCCCCUCCCAGCAAAGAGCCUCGUUUAACCCUUUCAGUCCAGGGACUGCCUGUCUCUUUCCUCAUUGAUACUGGGGCUACUUUCUCUCUUUUAAAUCAUGCCCCCUCUCCCUGGCUAUCCUCUGAGGUUAAAACUGCGACUGGGGUGGAGGGCAACCCACAGUCUCUGGGACUCACUUUGCCUUUGAAUGUUAUUUAUGCUGAUAAAUGUUUUCCUCACCGUUUUCUUUUUUCCCCAGCUUGUCCGAUCCCUUUGAUGGGCCGGGAUUUACUCUGUAAGCUUGAGGCUACUUUAACCUGCACUCCUGAAGGGGUAGGAUUAUUGAUGACAGUGUUAGGAGAUUCGGCCCCUACUCAGGGUAAUUGGGAAACACCCCCCUCUCUCUCCCCUGACCUCACUGACUUGCCUUCAACCCUCUGGGGAAUUUCUGACACUGAUGUUGGCCUGCUCCUUUCGGCAGAGCCCGUAAGGAUUCAGGUGAAGCCUUCCUUAACCCCCCUGUCAGUCCCUCAAUACCCCCUGUUGCUGGAAGCCCGGGAGGGCAUCCGCCCCAUUAUCGAGGGAUUCAUUGCACAAAAGCUAGUCCGCCCUCAGCGCACUCCCUGUAACACCCCUAUACUGCCUGUCAAAAAGCCUCCUAAAAAGGACGGAGACCCUGUUCGUUGGCGCUUUGUACAGGAUCUACGAGUUGUUAAUCAGUAUGUGGUCCCUCUUCAUGCAGUAGUUCCUGACCCAGCUACUAUCAUCAGCCAAA